AUGGGCAAAAAGUCGAAAUUGAAAAAAGGGGCAGCCUCCGCCGCCCACAACAAAGAUUUACCAUCCACGACAUGGCUCUUGCCGCCUGCGUCUGCUCUGUCCGGUAACCUCCGUGCCGCAGCAGUCACUGGAUUGAAGACAGCUGAGCAGUGGGCAACCACGGCUGAAUUCGACGCGCCCCCUCCGCCGACCCUGGACGAACUCGGCCCAUUCCUCGACCUCGUGAUCUCCCUGACUAGACGAAUGACGGACGACGAGCUCCUGGCGGAGCUGCAACGCCUCCGGGCGCAAUUCGACGCGUUUAACAAGGCUCAGGCCGAUAUUUAA